AUGACACCACAUCCUAAAGUGAAGGUUGCCAUUGUGGGGUUCUCCGGCCAGGUGGGCAAACGUCACACAAGACACGUCCUUGAAAAUGUCGAAAUCGAACUCAUCGCCCUCGUGGACCCGUCCACGAGUGCACUAGAGGUCAAAACAGCCCUCAAGGUACCAACAGCGAUACCGCUUUUUGAUAGCAUUGGAGAAUUGUUUCAGAGUCCAGAGCGCCCGGAUGCUGCGAUUGUCUGUACACCCCCAAAGACGCACGUGCGUAUUGCAUCUGAAUUGGUGGAAGCCGGGAUCCACGUCUUUGUCGAAAAGCCCAUUAGUGACGAGAUCGAAUCGGCGCGGGAUCUGAUCAAGUUGGCACAGGAAAAAGGCGUUAAUCUACUCGUUGGACAUCAUCGCCGGUUCAAUCCUUAUAUCGUGGCUGCGAAAAAGGCUAUUGACGCAGGUGUCGUUGGCAAUGUGGUGGCAAUCUCUGGCCUCUGGACAGCCUGCAAGCCCGAUUCAUACUUCAACGCCGAUCCAGCGUUGGCCUGGCGCAAGAGUCGAUCCAAUGGCGGAGGAGUAGUGCUGAACAACUUUGUGCACGAGGCCGACUGUAUGCAGUACCUAUUUGGGCGGAUUGUGAAGAUCCACGCGGAAGAAACCAUAUUGCAACGCAGCCAUGGCCAAGGCCCCGACGGAGCGGAAGAAGGCGUCGCUCUGACGAUGCGUUUUGCCUCUGGCGCUGUUGGAACUUACAUCUUGGCCGAUGCCGUGCCAAGCCCGCACAAUUUCGAGAUGGGUACGGGCGAGAACCCGGCCAUCCAGCAGGUUAGGCUGUCAAGCGACGAUGAGGUUGACAUCUACAGAGUCUUCGGCACCCGUGGGACUUUGAGUAUCCCUGACAUGACUCUCUCCAACUACGCCGCGACUGUAGAGCCGAGUUGGUUCGAGUCAAUUCGGCGCCAAAAGCUGGAAAUCGACUCGGACCCGCGCGUGCCUUUUGAGAGGCAGCUCGACCACUUUGUUCAGGUUAUUCGCGGCCAGGAGUCAGCUAAUUGUGACGGUAGAGCUGGAUUGGAAGCGCUACAAGUCUGUCAUGCCAUUCAGAAGGCUUUACAUGGGAAUUCCACCGUCGACAUCUCCUCGUAG